UACUCUUGUCCGAUCCAGCACGUGCUGUCUGUCAUUCAGCUCGUAGUGCUGGGGAGAUAAGUGAGGUUGUUUUGUCACGCUAUCGCCGGAAGUGGCAUGGGCUAACCAAACGCAAGGCAGUGUUCCCCCAUUAACGCCAUCAACAGUUGUUUGUAUUUGAGUAAUAGCUCUGGUUCAAUCUCAAGUCGCCACGGUUAACUUACUUUCGCUGGAACAACGACAUUAACUUUAUUUAUUGAGGGUAGCACACAACAGUAAUAACUGAAAAACCAGUGGCCCUCACAUAAAUAUUUACAGAAUAAAAAAGAUGACAAGUUAAAAAUUAAAAAUUAAAAAUAUAGAAACUGAUUCUCAAGUAUGCAAGCUUAUAAGGUUCGGUUGGUUUUUGAUAUGGGCAGGCAUCAUAUUCCAGAGGCGGCUAGUCGAUACUGAGAGAGACCUUCCACCCUCAGACUCCUGUUGAAUUGGGGAUACCAUAGCUACGCCGUAGAAAUUUGAAAACGCAGCUUUAUUUAUACAGUUAAACCCACCGUCCAAAUACACUUAUCCAGAGAAAUUGUCCGCGAAAACGGAACUUUUCGAAAAAGCCCAUCAAACCGGAGGGAUUUGAAAACGUCGGCUUUGCAGUUUAGUUACGCAAAAAUGGAGCUUUAGGAAACAAUGACGUCACGAUAAUCAUGUGACUAACCCUAACCCUCCAGGGGCCCUCCAGGGUACAUUCAGACGUUUCUGCCGCCGGUAAUUGUUGGGCUUCAAAUUUCUCCAGCGUAGUGUAUACGGACCUUAAACAUUGACGUUUUUCUCCGUUGGCAAAUGAGUUUGAUCUUUUUAUACCUUUCAUUUCAUUUUCCAUUCACACUAGAUUUCACGGACAAAGAUCACAAGGACGAUCACUGAAAACAUAAGUGGUUUGCCGUUGCGAGUACAGAUCAAGCAGAGCUUAUUUUUGAGAAUGAACAAACUUUGAAUUCUGGAAAAGUUUGGUCCACGAAGCUAGCCAAUCACGGUCGUCAAUCACCAUUAUAAUGUGUCCUUAAAGCUCCAAAGCCAGCUUUCCCUCGUGUCAAGACCCCUCCGGCUAAGAGAGACAGGCGGCUCUGGGGUCGAGAAUCCAAGUUCCUCGCGCUAAGCCCCUCUAGCUGAAAGGAACAGACCCUUUGGGAACAAAAAUGAGUGAUUUGAACAAAAAUUCUGGGACCCAGUUUCUCUCUUUCUUAGUGUCAUAAUAUUGCGCUAGAAAUGUAAAACACACCUACAUUUAAUUUUAUGGAGAUUGCAUCAUUUCGGCUUUGUCUCAAAUCGUUUUCAAUUUCAACAGCUCCGCUUGAGUUCAUUUCUGGUUCAUUGUACGCCAUCUUGUAAGACGUAGAAGGUGUGCCAUUUCUAUUUAUAAACGUACGCUAUAUCUACUCCAGAAUUAAUAGUUUCGUUUUCUUUUCAUAAAAAGCUCAAAUCGUUUGACUGCUUUUUAAUAACGCCCACAGUUUGAACUUGAGUUGCCCGUGUCUUUAGAAGCCAAUAUAACAGCACUUGAGGGCAGGACGCCUAGGAGCCUUUCUUCCUUUCGUGUGGUUUAAUCAACAGUUCCUCAUGAUCAUCACUGCUGGUAGCAGCGAAAUUAACUGGAAUAGACGAGACUUGGAUUCAAUAUUUUCCUCUAAACAGGUAAUAAAUAUGAUAUAAACCUGAUAUUUGCUUACGAUUCUCAUGUUAACAUGACGAGGCAAGAACGCUAACGAAGAAAACAAUUUUUUCAUUGUUGAAGCAGGAAAUCUGUUAACAGCGAUUGUAUUGUAUUAAUAAAGUUUUCGUUUUUACCAUAGAAACCUUAAUUUUUCACUGAUUAUUAAGGUGAAGGCAUAGGAAACGCAAACAGACGUUAAGAAGGUCAACUUCCAGUGGUUUAAAAUGUCGUCGGGUAAAGAAGUCCUCACGCUUAACAACGCACAGAGAAACAAUGUUAUUAUAGCCAUCGAAGCAACCGCCCUGAUUUUGGUGGACAUCACAGCCUUGAUCGGUAAUGCUCUAGUUUUUGCCGUUGCCUACAGAAAUCGCAGGCGCCACACCAUCACGGAUCUCCUUAUCGUGGCUCUGUCCCUAACAGAUCUGCUUGUGGCGGUGACGGUGAUGCCGCUGUCAGCUGGAAGUCUCAUCUCUGGAGUCUGGCUAUACAACCGAUCCGUCUGUCUUUUCCAAGGAUUCUGCAUUAUAACCUUCGCUACCGCAUCCCUCAACACAUUAUCUGUGAUUGCAGUGAACCGGUAUUUCUGUGUCGUGAGACCCAACGACUACCGAACCGUAUUUUCCAUGAAGAAAACGCUGGGAUACAUAGCGCUUGUCUGGUUGCUUGCUUGCAGUUUUUCCACCUCGCCGCUUGUGUUCGGAAGAGAAGACUACGCCUUCCAACCCGGAAAAGUCCUGUGCGUUUAUCCCUUUGAAAUCAACAUCGCCUACACUGUGUGCCUGGAUAUUCUCUUCAUCGGAAUUCCGACAACAGCUAUUUGUUUCUGCUACUGGCGCGUUUUUAAGACGGUACGGGGGCGAAACCGUGUCAUGACAGCCAACGACGACGAGUUAACGUCCAGAGUUCACGUACAAGAUGCGAACAUCACCAAAACACUUCUCUUCGUCCUGGUUGGAUUUGCUUUUUGUUGGCUCCCAGUAUUAGUGAUGGACACGAUUGACGUGGUGACAGGUGCGCUCAUUCUCCCGCGCCAACUCUACCUGUUCUAUACUUUCAUGGUUUUCUUGUCCUCUACCAUAAACCCAUUCAUCUACGCACUUGUUAACAAGAGAUUCAGAAGGGAAUACUGGAAGAUUUUGCGGCGACUGUGCUGUGCCCGCCGUCACUUUCACGUCGCAUCGGUAGGAUCGUCGAUAAACUAGUUUUUAACUCGGAUUGAAAGCUUAAGAGGUUUUAUUUAUGAAAGUGACUUCAUAGGCCUGUUUGCAUUCUGUUUUGAAGAGGAAGGCCGUGAGUGAAUUAAGGAUAAAAAGUCACUAUCGUUUUGGAGCUUAGAGGUGCGGCACCUUGAAAUUCAUGAGGAUUGCACCGCGUUUAAACUUUUCUGUAAAUAACAACUCGGUGCAUGGUGUAAUCAAUCUUGGUCUUAAGUAGCGAGUUUGUGAUUUAGCUUAAAGAAAACUACAAGCAAGGGUGAGGAUAGUAUGUUUCAUAGCUUUAUAAAAACUAGACGCGUUCAGACAGUAAGUGCGCUGACUGUACAGUGGAACGGAAUGCGUCCGUAAACGUUUAUAAAAACCGCACCCAAAGCUAAAAUUUGAGAACCUUUUUGUAACUGUUACACCCGCUUAUUUCUUUAUAAUUUUCGAUUUGUAACAAUACCUUUGUAAGAUAAGAUUCCUAUCAGAUCUUUCUCUUGAUUGAGUUACAAGAAACUUUAAUCAAAGAUCGCGAGCAAGAUACAUUUUACAUGUAAAUGGGCGGAAAAUAUAUCUGUAACAUGAACCCGCUAAAUAUUGUUUAUUAAAGACUGAUAAAAUUAUACAUUGUCAGACCCUUACCUGAUUUGUUGUGGAGUUUAAUCGCAACAAUGCACAGGAGAGAGGGUUUUUAGAUCUACGUUUACCGCAAGCGACAAACGGCGACGGGUCACGUGACCAGACCCAGAGGUCACGUUUGAGGUUUUCGACUCGCGUUCCGAACGUUAUUAACAGGUAGAUUUUCACGUAAGUCAUUCAUCUCAAGCUUUAUUGCCUUGAAAUUUAUUACAUACCACGUAAAAAUGCUGAAAUCGAAUAAAGUAACAAUUUUUCUACGAAUUCGUUGUAAUUUUUAACCAAACAAGCAAUUACCCAGCCUUUUGUUGUUGUUUGUAGAAAGGCACUGAUGCUACUACAAUGUUCCCUAAUUCUUAUUUUUACCCUAGCCAAUUAUAAUUUGGGGAAUUACAGUUUAUGAACCAAGGUAAUAUCUCACCUUGAAUCCAAGAAUGGAGAAAAUAACGAUUGAAGCAAAUAUGGGGGUACCACAGUUAAUAGUGGACACCAGAAUGGCGUCUCUCUUGUAGUUGUUGUGCACGUCAUUGUAACUCGACAUUGCGAUAAGCCCUCCAACUGCUAACCCCAAGGAAUAAAAGAUCUGUGUUGCCGCUUCUAACCAAACUUGAGGAUCGGCUAGCUUUUCAAACUGGAAAAAAAAACAGAGGAAAAAUGGAAAAACAACCACGUAAAUAUCAAAUAAAAUCGUACAGGGUGUUAACAUGACAUGAGGUUUAUAAUACAGGAGUCAGCCAAUAAGGGGGCGUUACUGGCAUAUUUUUAAUUUUGUCCCUAUGAAUUAUUUGGUAAAUAAGCCAUGCUGAUAGAACAGCAUACCAAGAGUUGUGACGAGUUUACGCAUGGCAGCGCAUUGUUUAUACCUUAUGUAAAAUAACAGAAAUUUCAAUGUGGUUUACCGGAAUAAAAUUGAAUAGCUAUUGACCAAUCAUAUCACGCGAAUUCCGAUUUUUUUGUCACUAUACCAUAUCUUAACCGCGUAAGUGAUGAUACUUUUUUUUCAGUCCCGUUACUUGUAAUUAUUUUUAGUGAUUUAGCAAUUUCUUGCUUUUGCAAUUGAGAAAGACUGCACUUUACUUUUCUGUAUACUUGAAUCUCUUCUUAUCAGCGGACUGUGUAAAAACAACGCGCAUAUAUACCAUUGGAAAUUGCAACACUCGCCUUUGGAAUUACGAUAGAUAAAUUCUCCUCUUUCCAUGUUUGUACAUUUUGCUACUUAUUGCUCGGUGAGCCAAACUAACGCGUGCAAAUGUUAUCUCCUUAGAAAUUUUCCUCUCGUUCCCUUACAAGUGUUACCUCAGGUGUAAACAUAUGUUUGAUGCCAUCUCCAGAGCCUGGUAAACUGAAGCCGCGACCAAAGAAGAUGGGAAGGUAGCGGUAAAGUAGACAGCCUGAAAACAAGCAAGAAAUUUGAUCACAUUUUUGUGGUAGCAUACGUGUAAGCUUCUUCCAUUUGCUUUAGUUCAUAGGAGACCUGUGCAAGUGUCGUCCAUUUUUGAUAAAAUAUGAAGCACAUGUACCCCAAAUAUGUCUUCACAGCGUUCGAACCCCAGUCAAACGUCUCCUGAGUGCUUUCAGCCCAGUUCCUCCGAUGACGUCACUAGAAGCUCGACCCAGAUCCCACUUUGCGAGGCCGUGGCCGCAGAAAUUUUAAACGCUUGUAGAAAAGUGGGGAUUUUAUCAAUUGAGAUAAUUUUUGCGCUGAAGUAAUUGGGAAAACUAGUUCAUUUUAUUAAAGGAAAAUCAAAAUAAAAUUGGGGGUUAGUUGCACUUUUAAAAAGCAAAGAGUCUCCAAUACUUUUAGUUGCAGGAGUUCGGUUAGCUGGCAGCAGCGUGGUCUCUCCACGGACUUCCUAUUUUGUCUUGGGUUUGCCGGAGACCGCAAAAAAGGAUUUACUGCAGAGGAUUUGAAAAAAGCUUGAACGCAAGGAGGUGGCCUUGGGAAAAGACAGAAAAGAAAAACAACUCGUUACAAAAAAAACAUAUACGUCUGUGGACAGACAAGGAGCCGCGCAAAAACUUGACUCAUUUGACUUGACCCUCCUCCCCACCACCCCCCGCCCCCGAAGAAAAAUACAAGAGGGGCUUUGUAUCCUGAUUGUAAGAAAAACUAAAGGUUGGCUUUGACAAUCACCUUUCCCGCAGAUUCCACUCCUCGCAUCAUGCACAGGAACACCACAAUCUGCGAAAGCAACAACACCAGGCAUAAAUGCAACCUACAACAAAACCAUUGCUGUGGUCGUUGAAUUACAUACCUCCACCAUUUUUCUGGCACAAAUACGGGAAUCGCCAGACAUUUGCAAGGCCAACAGCAAAUCCUACAGUAGCCAGCAUGUAUUCCAGUUUAUUGCCCCAUCCCUUUUUUUUCCCUUCUUCGACAUCCACUUGCGAUUCACUUUCCGUGUUGCCUUUCGUAUCUUGGCCAGCUAUGGCAUGUUCGUCGUUCGAUGGGGAAGUCACCGUGACGGUAAUUUGCCCGUUUUGUUCGCUUUUCUCUGUCAUUUUCCUAGCAUUCUUGCGGUACGUUCGGUGCAAGCUGCUGGAUCUGCCACCCCUCGAGUGUCAGCUCGGUGUUAAUAUUUAAUAUAUUAAACCUGGACAGUAACCAUGCCGACUACCCCUGCUUCAAGAGCAUCGAAUUUCCAAAACAAUCAUCGAAACGCGCAGAACAAAAGUGUGCUUCAGUUGCUUACAAUUUACAAUCGAAUUUACAAUCCUCAACGAGUCUUGAGAAACAGAAAACGACACUGACCCUGAUACUAAACGUCAACCAAAAUAUAACAACUGGCUUUUCGAUGGCUUUCUUUUUUCGCAGCGGUAGGGGUGAUGAAAAUUUAAUAAGAUAGAGAUCUUGAGCACCGCAUGAUCAUUCUAAUCGAUUCUAAGAAUGUAUCUUUCCAUGCGCAGGCUGGGUAUGUUUAUUUUUCUGCCGAGAUGAGGCUAAAAAUAUUCUUGUGUACAUUCUUAGAUUACAGAGUACACGUAUUGUACACGUAUUUCAGCUAAAUAAACUGGACGUGACCAUGCAUGAAUUGAAUUAUCAAGUCAGGGGCGUAG